AGAGUAAAAGAUACCUAAUAAGGAUCCCUGACCCAUAUAUUGACUUUUGUUAGUGAACUUCGGUGUUUUUCAGGGAUUCCUCAAAAUGCAUAUGUGCAUUUAAAUUGAAUGGUCUUGUUUGGAAAAUUCUUUCAACCAAAAAUGUUGUUCCGGGCUACUCAUGCAAUGAUAUUAGAAAUGGGAACCUUCCUAAUAAGGCAUCUUAUUUAAAAUUUAAUUUUUUUAAAUGUGAUGCUGUAUUUUUACAGUGAUAUGACUAUAUAAAUAUUUUUGUCUGUAGGAAGAAUCUUCUGUUCCAAACAGAGCUGUUUAAGUGAAGGACCUUUGACUCUAGAAAAAAAGGUGAACUGCUGUGAAUGGUUAUUCCAGAACAACUGAGGGGUGUUUUUCAUUUUGCAGCUUUAGAAUACUCCUACACGGAUUUCUAAAUUAUCUCUGUUGUUAAACAGGUUCUGUAACUCCUGAAAUCUUGAGUGUGAGUCAGGGUGUUGAUACUUAUUUUGCUAACCAGUACUGUCUUAUCUCAUUGUGCUUUCUCUUGUCAUCUCUACCUACCUUGAACUUAGGGUAGAAGAUCUUCGGUGCAGGAAUUGUUACCCAGUGCUGUGUUGAUUAGUCAUCUGGUAUAAUGGAGUCUUUGUGUGAAUAGGGCUCCUUGUCCUUAUCAAAAUCCAAACAGUAAAAUAUCUUAAGGUGAAAACAUCAUGGGGAUGUUACAAGCAUUUUUGUAGAAUAUUAUCAACUUGUGAAUUUGCAGGGGGAAAAAUGAUACUUUAGGUCAAUGUAUUAUAUAUCUGAAAAAUUGUAGUGCCUGUGUAAUGUGUCAUUAACUCUACUCAAAAAAUAUUAAUUAGGCAUGUAGCUUAUUAGCACCCCGUUUAUAUUGAAGCACAUUUUGUGAAAGGUAUGGUUUUGUUCUUUGAGUCACAGUGUAACAAUAGAAGGGCUUAUGUGGUGAAAUGGUGUGUUUCUUACCUAACGGAUUGAAUUGCUACAAAGUUCAGCGUUAACUCUGAAUUUAAAGAUGUACGCUGCUUGUUUAUUUCUAGAACUUUUGUGGAAACAAUCUAAAUGGAGUGCUUUGAGAGCUGUGUGCCCACAUACUGCAUUUUUUUGACGUUGAAGCAGUAUUUACCUGGAAUGUAUGCCUUUAUUAAAAAACAAAAGAGAAACGGGGUGGUGGUGGUAUGGGGGACAAUUUCUUCUGCAAAUCACUGAGCUUAAUACAGCACAAGUUGGAUCUGUUAUUGCUGUUGGAAGACAAUGGGAUAUAUCUUACCUUUUUUGAUCACGGUCAAGCUAUAAUAUUUUCUUCCAUCUUUAACCUGCUCUCAGAAAUGAAACACCUCAGAUUCCUUUUACGUAUUUUGUACACGAAUUGUAGAGUUACAGAAAUCCACUUUGGAGCCUUUCAUAAACAACAGUAAUUAUGUUUCUCAAGGAAAUUUUUUUCUGGAUUACUAAUUUUUUGUACCUGUUUUACACAAUGUGAAUUACUUAUUACUUAUCAAAUUGUGAUCUUUUGCCUCUUUGCAUGUGUUUACAACAGAGCCUGAUAGAUUCAGGAAGGGCUUGGGAAUUGCCUAGAAUGUGUUCAGUAAAUCACACUAAGAUAUUGGGAUUUAUUCUGUUAACUUUUAGGUAGUCUAAACUGUUUUGGUGGAAUACUCUUUUCUUUAGAUCAGUUUAAACUGGGAAAGCAAGACAAGAGCUGUAACUCAGCCUUAUAAUUUUUACAGGUCACACCUGAAUAGAAGCCCCUGUUUUGUCCAGGAUUUACAGAACGAAGGGUAUCUAAAUCACUCUAUUUGAGAGCAAGUCUGGCAUAGAUUAUCAGCUUUAGUUAAACCUGCUAAUAUUUUAGUUAUGGGUGAAGGUCCUGAGCGAGGAAGAGUAAAAAUUGCUGACAUGGGCUUUGCCCGAUUAUUUAAUUCACCUCUGAAGCCUUUAGCAGACUUGGAUCCAGUAGUUGUAACCUUCUGGUAUCGAGCUCCAGAGUUGCUUCUUGGAGCAAGGCAUUAUACCAAAGCUAUUGAUAUUUGGGCCAUAGGGUGUAUAUUUGCAGAGCUGCUAACAUCAGAGCCAAUAUUCCAUUGUCGACAAGAAGAUAUCAAAACUAGUAACCCUUAUCACCAUGACCAGCUGGACAGAAUAUUCAAUGUAAUGGGAUUUCCUGCAGAUAAAGAUUGGGAGGACAUAAAAAAGAUGCCCGAACAUUCAACUUUAAUGAAAGAUUUCCGGAGAAACACGUAUACCAACUGCAGCCUUAUCAAAUAUAUGGAAAAACAUAAAGUUAAACCAGAUAGUAAGGCAUUCCACUUGCUUCAGAAAUUGCUCACUAUGGAUCCAAUAAAGAGAAUUACCUCAGAACAGGCUAUGCAGGAUCCCUAUUUCUUGGAAGAUCCUCUUCCCACGUCCGAUGUUUUUGCAGGUUGUCAAAUCCCUUACCCAAAACGGGAAUUUUUAACAGAAGAAGAACCAGAUGAUAAAGGAGACAAAAAGAACCAGCAGCAGCAGCAGGGCAAUAACCAUACUAAUGGAACUGGUCAUCCAGGGAACCAAGACAACAGUCACACACAGGGACCCCCACUGAAAAAAGUGAGAGUUGUUCCUCCUACCACUACCUCAGGUGGACUUAUUAUGACCUCAGACUAUCAGCGUUCCAACCCCCAUGCUGCCUACCCCAACCCCGGACCAAGCACAUCACAGCCACAGAGCAGCAUGGGAUAUUCAGCUACCUCCCAGCAGCCGCCACAGUACUCGCAUCAGACUCACCGGUACUGAGCUGCACCCCGACGACGUCAAUGCACUGUUGCUAAUGCUGCAGGACCGGCCGCGCAGCUGUGCCUGCCUGGAACCCGGCUUGGGCCACGAGAAUGUACUGUACAACCACACCUCCAACCUGUCUGACCACCACGAUCCACCCCCUGCCACAGAGCGGAGUAGUGGCUCCCAAAUUGUACCUGGUUUUGGGGUUAGACUUGAAAAGAAAGUGCUAGCACAGUUUGUGUUGUGGAUAUGCUACUUCUGUAGUUUACUUGACAUGGUUCAGACUGACCGAUGCAUUUUUUUCAGUGACAGUCUGUAGCAGUUGAAACUGUGAAAUGUGCUAGGGGCGAGCAUUUUUGUUGUCGUAUGUGGUGAAUUCUCUUGAUGUAACAACUUUAUCUGACAAAAUAGUACGCAACAUCUUUGAACUGGUACUUGAAGCAUACAGUAUAUGUUACCAUGGCAAAAAAGCAAACUAACUGUAACUCUCAGACAGUUUUGAUAGACGUUUAUUUUUAGUGACUUUUGUGGGUUGGUUCAUUUUCCACCUAGAUCAGUGUUUUAUGACCGACGCAAUUGCUACGAUGAGAUUUUUUUAAGAACAUGAAAGUGUUUGCAUUUUUUCCCAGCAAUUACAAACGUCCCAAAGAUUAAUUUCCAACAUAAGUUUUUGUUUUUGUUUUAAAAUCUAUGACUUGACUGGUCUUAAAGCUGCUAUUUGAUAGUAAAAUAAGUAUGUUGUCAUUGAUAUAAACAUGUUUGGUUCAGCAAACAAACUAAAAUGAUUGUCAUAGACAGUGUUUUAUUUUUUUUCCUGUUGGUGUUAAUGAUUUGUGAGCAUGCUUUGGGAUUAAAAAAGCAUGAGUGAUAUUUCCUAAAAAGGUGUGGCAUCCAUUCAGAUAUUUUGUCAUGAUUUUUGAGAACCAGCUUGGUGUAGUGGAUUUUAAAUUUUGUUGGGUUAAUUAUUUUUUUAAACGUUCGCACGUUGUUUAGGGGUGCCGUUCCUACUGCAGAGGAACAAGCUGUUAGGAGAGCCUUAGAAUUUAUGAGGAAAAACUUACAUACAAUGUACUGUAUCAAACUAUUUUACAUGAAUGACACAAGUAUUCUGAGUAAAAAAAAAAAUCAAACAUUGUUAAAACAAGGUGUUAUGUAAUAAAUUUAUUUUUCAUAAAUCUGCA